GCUACCGUGCAGGUUCUAAAAUGUGUUUAGCUGGCCGUGUGUGAAAGAACAAAUCCGCCACCAUUCGGUACAGUUUGCAUCGAAGUGUCUCAUGAUGCGUUGGUUACAAUACUUUGUAGUGCUGUUUGUGAUUCUUGACACUUGCACCGUUCGAGGAGACUUUGGCCUUAAGAUAGCAGUUUCGGGAUCAUCCGUCCUCGAGCAGUACGCUCUUCGAAUUCGGGAUGACUGUAAUCUUAUCGAAACCACGUCCGGAGAGAUCGUGCUGGAUGGACCGUCGGUCGCAUUGAACGAGGCCGCUGUAGCGCUCAAGACAAUGUUCGAUCAGAUUGUGUUCUAUGUGAAACCGAUCGGCCUGUCCGUCGCUACGUUGGCCGCGGAUGAUGUGGGCCCGGUUGAAACAGUGUUCAACAACGCGAAUAAGACGAUUGUCGCUUUCGCUGCCUUCAUUAAUAGCUCAGCACCAGCUCUUCUCGCCACAAUCCAGACCAAAGUAAGCUAUAACGUGCGAUUGGAACUGAACAAUAUCCUGAACUCUCUGAAGACCUCAACGGCCGAUCUUGGUAGUGCGUUGAGUGCGCUGCGUACCGGUGUGAUUAGUGCACGGAAUAAUAACGCAACCUCGACCAACGUUUCGAACUAUGUGAAGCCCUCGAUGGUGUCACUGGCACAAACCAAGACACUUUUAGUUUCCACCGACCUAUCGGCACCGUCGUUCUCCGCUGUCGAAUCGGCCCGCACUAUCAAUCAGGCGAAUUUGGGUAUCCAGAUUGGUAUCUCGAUUGAAAGCGGCACCAUGCUGACCGAGAUGUGGGAAGGCAUGCUGCUGAAGGAUUACGAGCGCAUUAACGCCUCUUUGCAGCAGGUGACAACGCUUGUCGCAAGAGAAGUUCCGCUGGUCAGUGGGCAGAUUGCACAGUUUGACUCGACGUACAGUCCGCUGACGAGCGUGCUCAGUGCCAAGUACAGUGAGAUCAAUUCGGUGUACGGUAACGUGACUAACGGCACCGCAGAUAAUGUUCUCAAUGCGUACAAAACGCUCGUCUCCUCUGCCAUCGGGUACAUCAAGGCGCUGAUAGAAAGUUUCUACCCACCGAUCAAGCCUGUCAUUACACGGCUAGCGGAGGUUUUGAUACAGCGCGGGAAAAACAGUGACUUUUGCUACGAAUCUUACUACCCGAUGGUGGAGCAGUAUCUGUUAUCGGGCCAGCUGAGCAUCAUCACGUGCCUGAAUACGGAGCUGGAGCGUGAAAAGUACCUGCUAGAGGCGCUGCUGGAGAUUAACUAUCAACUGCAGUUCUUCCUGGAGGAUGCGAACGCGUAUCUGAAGACGUGCUACCGAAUAUCUCAGUUUGAUAAUCCGCUGACUUCGCAAUGUCUUCAAGAGCACAAGGACUUCUCGGACCUUAUUCCAUGCACGGCUAUCAAGGAGUACGCUACCAUGCUUCAGCUGCUGUGCAAAGAGGUGGACUCGCUACUCUUCAGACUGUGGUCCUGUGUGUCCCGCGACACGAUACGGUUCCCACUCGAGGCAAAAGACAUACUGGUUCAGGUUAACAUGUGCGCUCUGUUUGGUACGACUUAAUAAACGGACAACACAUGGACCGGUCGAUCGCUAGAAUCAGUCGUGUUCAAUUUAAAUUGUCUUAAAUAAAAGCGUAUUAGAUCCUUGCUGACUACCAACA